AUGUCGGACCUUACAGAGUACAAUGUAGUGGGCUUCGCCAGGAGCGACGGUCAGGAUUAUGGACCGGGGUAUUGGCCAACCCCCGUAGAUGCGACAACUAAGAAUGCGAAGAAGACGACGCAAGAAAAGACACCAAGAGCGAAGCCUCAGAUGGUCCGGCUAGCCGAAGAUGACCCAAGGUUUCAGGAAUGGCGAGUGAAGCUUGGGAUCUUGCUGAAGCAGGAACUUGCACCUACAGAGGGCCUCCCGUGGCUCGUCAACUUCCCGCGCGGGUACUGGCUGUAUGAGAAAUCCAAGCAUCUUUGGGUCUCGGGCCACCCGGAAAAGGCGAGGCCUCUCUACAAGAGCCCGCAGGAGUUUGGUCUUCAUCUGCUGUGGCUCCUCUCAAACUCGAGGGACCGUAAUGACUGUCGCUGCAUCCAUUGCAACACUCGAGAGAUGCCCAACAUUGACGGACUGAGCGUCAUCGAUGGCCCGCGAGCUCUGCCCACAGCGGCGAGCACGCAUCCCCCUUUUAAGGUCCGCAAGAUCACGCCACAGACGCCGCUGGGAACAAUAGCAUCCCCGGUUCCCGCAGCAGCGGCCACGCCCCCGAUUGUGAAAAAGGAAACGCCCGUGCCAGUACCUACGGUUGUACCCGCGGUUGCGGUGAAGAAGGAGACCCCAGUGCCGAUUCCGACGAUACCCUCACGCGCGGCCCCAGCCUCUGCCGCGGCGCAGGCUCCAGUUCAGGCACAAUCUCCUGUGCAACAGCAUCAACAGCUACAACAGCAGCAACAACAACAACAGAUGCUGCAACAACAGCAACAACAGCAACAACAGAUGCUGCAACGACAGCAGCAGCAGCAGCAGCAGCAGUAUCAACAACCGCCGCCGCAGCAACCGCAACAACAACCGCAACAGCAACCGCAACAGCAACCGCAACAGCAACCGCAACAGCAACCGCAACAGCAACCGCAACAGCAACCGCAACAGCAACCGCAACAGCAACUGCAACAGCGACAACCGCAGCCAAGCCAAACGCCUCCUGUUCAAGCGCAAGUACAGGCUCCACCCCAAGCUUUCGUUCAAGCGCAGGCCCAGGCACAAGUGCAGCAUCCCAGCCAGGCUUCCCCCCCGGCUCAAAACAUGUACCAGCAGCCACAAUUCUUGCCAUAUCCUCCACCCUAUCUAGGAAUACAAGCCCCAUCUCUGUUCCGUGUGGGAGAGCUAAUCUGGUUCCAAAUGGCGUCUGGAUGGCGCCUGGGCAUCGUAUCCAUCACCGCUCCCGCCAACCAGAAGGCUGGCGUCAAGCCUGAGAUACAGAUCCUCCCGAUAUCCCACCAUCUCUUUAACCAGUCGCCGAUCCAGACGCUGGAGGCAACGGCGCGCCCAUUCCUCGCUUUCUCCGUGCCCAACGUCAGCAUCCCGGACCUGCAGAAUAAGGCCUAUGACGAGGUCAACUGGGAAGCCUUCCUUCGCAGCCUCAGCCCUGAGGACAACCAUCGUCGUGAGGUUGCGCUUCUCGACUCCUCCAAGAUGGCCGCCCAAAAGGUGGGCGUGUCGUUCUCCGUCUUUAGUCGCAUAGCCGAGAACGAGGGCGGUAAGAAGAUCGACUAUCACGGCAUCUUCCUUGGCGCCGAGCGUAUCGAGCUCGGCGACGUCCUCCGAGUCCGCAUCUCCCCCGAACAGAAUCUCCCUGCCGACGCCAACAACCUCCCCGACGUGCUGCUGGCACUCCGCGAGAUCUGCACCGCGCCCAUCGACGUCCCCGGCAUGGCCUUCUUCAAGGGGGACAUCUACCAACCACUUACCGGCGAUAACGCGCCCGUUACUGAGGCCGCCAUCACCGUUCCCGAGGAUAAGCUCCCACGCCCGCUCCGGGAGGAGAUGGUGUUCCGCAAGAAAUUCGCCCCUGCAGACCGCUGGCGCUGCGUCCUGCUUAAGCAGAACGCCGUCCUUCGCGAGCCAGACCUCAAGGGCCGCUUCUACCCCACCCACAGGCUGCUGCCACUGCUCGACGGCCAGGCCAAGGCCGCGGCCGAGGCACAACAGGGAAUCGUGCGGGACGUACAGCAGCGGCUUAACCAGCGCAUCGACACUUUCAAGAUGGCCUAUAUUGGCCAGAAGCGCUCCCGUGCCGACACCAUCGGCCCCGCGCUACCUCCGGGCAGUGUCCUUCAGUUUGAGCCAUCCGUGCGCGAGGAGGGCGCUUAA